UUUAUCUCUCUCUCUCUCUCUCUCUCAUCUCCCUUCAUUCAAUUCAAUAAUGCCUCCACUUCGCUGAAACCGUUUCUCUCCAAACCUUUCUCUCUCAGGCUUUUUCUCAGCCGUCUUUGCCAUUUCCAAUUUAAUACCCUUCGCCAUUAUUCUCAUGCAUCCCAUUCUCUCUCCUUCAUUUUCACCCUUUUCACCUUCCUUCCCUUCCCUCCAUUACUUGUUUCUUCUGCUUCUGCCUCUUCAUUAUUGUCUCUCUUCUGCUCUUUCCAUAUGCGUAUCUCAUCACACCUGACUUGAUUUUACCGUUUCUUCUUUGCCACUCCCAUUACUACUGUUCCCACCACUGCUCUCUCUUCUCCUUCUCAGGGUUCAGUCAUGGCUAUUCCACUUGGCCGAUCUUCUCUGGGUCCGUCGCUGCCGCCUCCCUCCCCCAAGUCGCCGCCCAAGUACCCGGAUUUGCACGGCAAGCGCCGUGAAAUCGCUAGGGUUCACAUGCUUGAGAAGGAGAUGAGUGUUCUCCAGGACGAAUUAAAAUUGACCGAAGGGCUUCAACCUUCUUCAACGUGCUGCAAAGAGCUAAUUGACUUUGUGGUAGCAAACCCGGAUCCUCUGUUACCUACAAACAAGAAGAACCAUCGGUUACAUCGCCGCUUCUGGAAGUGGCUCUGUCGGAUGCCCAAUUUCAACUUGUGUUGGAUCUGCUGUUACUGCCGUGAAGGGUGCAAUGUUCAUCUAAAAUUACCAGAAAGAUGCUGCGGAUGCUGCAAAUUAUGCGAAUGCAAUUGUCUUCCAACAUGUAACAUUUGCGUCUUGCCAAAGUGGCGUUGCUUCUCUUGCCCCAAAUCAAAUUGCUGUAAACACAGCUGUGCCUGCCAAAAUUGUUGUGUCAUCCCACGUUGCUGCAAAUUUGACAGUCCUUCCAGCCCCUCGUGCUGCACUUGCAAAUGUUCUUGCACUUGCUCGUGUCCUAGCUGUCCUGGGGUAAGCUCAUGUUGUUGCUUCGUGUCAAGGUCCUGUUGGAAGAACUGUUUCUGUACAUGCACGUGCCCGAGAAUGACAGUGUGUUGAGCAAUGAAACAUCAAACCAAGUAAAAAAAAAAAAAAACGAAUUCAAGAUAUUGGAGAGUUUUGAAUAAUAAUAAUAAUAAUAAUAAUAAUAAUUUUGCAACGUUUAAUAUUAUCUGAUCUUAAAAUGAAAUUUUAGGCAUGCUUAUCAUGGGCCAUGCUAAUCUUCUCUAUAUGUUCCAAUUUCAUCGGAUGUCCUUGAGGGACUGUUAGGCAUGCUUAUGUGUAAAAAUAUAUCUUCAUGUACAUGUUGAAGUCCUCGUUGUAUAUUUCU